AUGAAACAAAAGGAAAGGGGAAGAGAGAGGUUGUCUAAAACCCAUGAACAGAGUGAAACGACAUGCCAUCGGCAAAAAGUUUUGCCGGCGAUCUACACCAAUGUACAGGUUAUUAAGCUAAACAGCAAGCUGUUCAAUGAACGACAUGUCUCAUCGGGGUCGGGUUAG